UGAUGUUUCAGGAAAUGAGUUUGGAAGGAAACAAAAUAAAGGAAAGUAGAGAAAGCGAAAAAAAAAUCAUAGAGGCUGGGUUGUUCAAUAAAUGUAUAUAUCAAAGAUUUAAUGAGAAUUUAAAUUAGUUGAACAUAUUUAUCAAAUAAAGAGGUAACAUAUAAAAGUAAUUUAUAUACAGAAAAAAAAAGAAAAGGAAUUUUGGCUAGUCAUUUAAGAAUUUAUUUGUCUGGGGGAGGAGUUUGAAAAAAAUUACAAAUAACUUAUCAGUUUACUGA